AUGGCUGUCGCCGAAAAGGGCCAGAAGCCAGGCAUGGCCAAGAGAAUCUUUCUCAUGCUCGCACCAGACUCGGCAAAAGACGAUGACGGUCGUGAUAACUUCAACUCCCGCUCGCAAUUUGUGCUCUGCGCUAUGGGCGGUGCCGUCGGUCUGGGAAAUCUGCUGCGCUUCCCCUCUGUCGUCUUCAACAAUUACGGUCUGCAGUUCUUCAUCCCCUACGCCGUCGCGCUCUUCCUUAUCGGUAUUCCCAUCCUCAUCCUCGAGAUCACCCUCGGUCAGGCCUAUCGCGGUGGCUGUGUUAUCGCCUGGAAUAAUGUGAACCAUCGCGCCAAGGGUAUUGGACUGAGCAUGGUGUUCAAUGGCUUUAGUGUCGUUGGGUACUAUGUCCCCAUCCUGGCAUGGGCUAUGACUUAUUUCAGGAUGUCGUUUCAGAGUCCGCUGCCUUGGGCGGGGGAGGAUACUGUGGACUUCUUCAACGAUAGGGUUGUUCGCAACAUUCCUGCUACGGGUGGUGCUGAUGAUGGCGGUGGUUUGAAGCAUUAUCCCGGCCGUGGCAUCGUCGGCGAGACGUUUGGUUGGUGCAUCAUGAUCUGGUUCGUCGUGUGGAUGUGUACCUUUAAGGGUGUCGGCCUCACAGGUCGUGUCAUCUACAUCACCAUGGCCCUUCCCCUCAUCAUGAUUGGCAUUCUCGCCAUCCGAUCGCUCUCCCUUCCCGACGCCUCCGAUGGCUUUAGACUCUACGUUGGUACGUGGCGAAGCGAGUCUCUUGAAGGUCCUCGCGUAUGGCAAGAUGCAUUUGGACAAAUGUUCUUCUCCAUUGGCGUUGGUUUCGGCUACUUCACCUCAUACGCCUCUUACAAUAACAAGUUCGCCAACGCUGUUCAAGAUGCCUUCAUCAUUGCUCUCAGCAACUCUGCCAUCGAGAUCAUCUCUGCCUUGGCUGUCAUGGGCGUUGUCGGCUACCUCGGCAUUAACCCCGGUGAUGUCGACCCUCUGUCCACAUUCAGCUCUGGCUUCUUCUACUACCCUCAAGCCUUGGCCGAGAUGCCUGGAUCUAACUUCUUCUCCGCCCUCUUCUUUAUCACCCUCGUUCUUCUUGGUCUCACCUGCGUGUUUGCCCUCGCCGAAGUUCUGGUCACUCUCCUCUGUGACACCAACAUGGGCCAGCGUAUUCCUCGCUGGAUCAUCUCCACCUCCGUCAUCGUCCUCGGUGCCCUUACUUCACUCAUUUACAGCAGUGAGUUUGGCUUCAGUGUCCUCGAUGCGGUUGAUGCCUUCGUCAACGAUAUCGCUCUCUUUAUCACUGUCUUCUCCGAGACUUAUAUGGCCUGCACGCUCUACCGAUGGAAGGACCCUGUUGACCAGAUCGGCGCUAUUAGCUACUUUGUAUUUAACGGUGGCUAUAUUCUCUCUCUGUUCCUUGGUCUCCUGAUCGGCCACCUUGUGAGCGCCCCUGCUGGAGCUGGCGUUGGCUUUGGAAUCUUUAUCGGCUGCUCCCUCUUCACUGCCUUCUUUGGCAAGACCCCAUCGAUCCCUGCUCCCCGAUUCUGGGGAAACAAUGCCAUUCUUAGCCGCUUCUGGUACGCGGCCUUUUACUCGGGCAAUCAACUCCGCCGCGAUCUCAACAACGCAAUCCUCGGCGGUCAAUCUAACUGGAAGAUCCCAGCUAUAUGGCCAUUUUGUUUGAAGUUUAUCACGGGUCCCGCCGUGGCUCUUGUGUUCUCCUUUGCCUAUCCCAAGUUCCUCAACAACUACUCCGAUGACCCCCCUUUCAUCUACAGCUUUGUUCUCAUGCACAUGGUUGUCAUCUUCAUCAUCGGUGCAUUCCUUGCCCCUCGCUUCCUCAACAUUCUCAUCCCAUCUCACCGUCUUGAACGUGGUGAUGGAAAGUAUGAUGUCGCCCCUCAGAUGACUAUUGACAACCGCCCCAUCGUUGACAACGGUGGACUAGAGGGUGGCCACGCUGAUAUCGAUGCUGCUCACCACAGUGCCAGCGCUGAUGGAAACAGUAUGGAGGCUGAUAAGGGUGUUUUCCAACCGAAGGCUGAGACCGCGAGGUUUGAGACUCCCGUCGAGCCACGACAGUAG